GCGGCGCUGUCCGGCAUGGCCAAGCGCGCGCUGUCCCCGCUGCUGCUGCUGCUGGCGUGGCUGCUGGCCGGGCAGCUCUGGCCGGGCGCCCAGGCCCGGGCGGCGCCCUACGGGGUGAAGCUUUGCGGCCGCGAGUUCAUCCGAGCCGUCAUCUUCACCUGCGGCGGCUCCCGGUGGCGACGGGCAGACACCCCGGCCCAGGACGCCGUAGGGGAUGCCUUCCCAGGUGCAGACGGCGACGGCCUGGCCGGCGAGCUGGAUGAGGCUGUGGGUUCCAGCGAGUGGCUGGCCCUGACCAAGUCUCCCCAGGCCUUCUACGGGGGCCGGCCAAGCUGGCGGGACACUCCGGGGGCUCUUCGCGGUGGCCGGGACGUCCUGGCCGGCCUUUCAAGCAGCUGCUGCAGGUGGGGCUGCAGCAAGAGCGAGAUCAGCAGCCUCUGCUAG